CCCCCUGCAGUGAUGGAGAACCAGACAGAAGUGGGCGAGUUCAUCCUCCUGGGCCUGACCAACCUCCAGGAGCUGCAGUGCUUCCUUUUCACUCUCUUCCUGCUUCUGUACAUGGCCAGCGUGCUGGGGAAUGGGGCUAUCAUGGCCGUGGUGCUGGCCGAGCCCCGGCUCCACACCCCUAUGCACUUUUUCUUGGGCAACCUCUCCUGCCUAGACAUCUGCUACUCCACGGUCACCAUGCCCAAAAUGCUGGCUGGCUUCCUCUUGAAACACCAGAUCAUCUCCUUCACCAGCUGCCUGGUCCAGCUCCAUUUCUUCCACUUCCUUGGCAGCAGCGAGGCUGUGCUGUUGGCCGUCAUGGCCUAUGACCGCUAUGUGGCCAUCUGCAACCCACUGCGUUACAGGCUGGUCAUGAGCACACAGGUCUGCCUGCUCCUGGCAGCAGCCACCUGGUCCAGUGGUUUCCUGCAUGCCCUGAUGCACACAGUCAUGACCUCCCAGCUGCAUUUCUGUGGCCCCAACCAUGUCCACCACUUCUUCUGUGACAUAAAACCGCUGCUGAGCCUGGCCUGCAGCAGCACCCGCCUCAACCUGAGCCUCCUCAACAUCAUCACCAGAGGCAUUGUGAUAGGUCCAUUCAUACUAACACUCCUCUCCUACCUGUACGUCAUCUACUUCCUCCUGUUUAAAAAAGCCGGCGCUCUGCGAACCACCUUCUCCACCUGCACCUCCCACCUCACGGUGGUGACUUUACUCUACGUGCUUGUUAUCGUUAACUAUGUACUGCCCUCUCAGGGGGGUUCCCAGGAGAGGGACAUGAUAGCCACCCUUAUGUACAGCAUCAUAACCUCUGUCCUGAACCCCCUGAUCUACACCCUGAGGAACCGGGAGGUGAAAUCUGCCCUGAGGAAAGUGGUAGGAAGAAAACUGUUCCCUGGAAGAACAUGA